AUGCUUGUCAAAAAGGACAAAUGCUCAAAGGGGACGCAGUAUUGCCAAACCAGCGACGACUUGAAUUCCACGAGUAUUGUGCUCGCGGUGGUGAUACCCGUCGCCGUGGUGGCAAUGGUGGUUGCGUUUUUCAUCUGGAGAGCCUGGAAACGUAAUAAGAAGGAGGCUCUUGACGACAAUGAUCCCGACUUUUAUGGGGACAACACAGUGUUACCGGACUAUCCAACCAAGGAGGAAAUAUUCGCAGCCAGAAACGCGAGCGAAAACCCAUUCGAUGCGUCUAACGCUCGUUAUCCACAAGCAGUACUUGACGAAAAGGACCAGAGCUCCAAUAAUAAGGCAGGAUCUUAUUAUAACACGUCUCAAUUAAGUCUCGGAACAGAUAACAUGCUGGGAACCCCCCGUGGUCACGUGGAGUCCUUUGUUUUGCCGCGUGUCGACGACUCCACCUCCAAGCAUUCCCUGGAUCAGCUUUCUAGACAGCUUGGGGGCGUUUAUCCGGGUUACAAGGUGCCAGAGAGUGCUCGGUUCAGCUCUAAUAAUCAUUCGAGGAGGUCCUUGUUUUCAGAAAACUCUGGAGAUCUCACUGGUUUUGAGAGAUCCACUGAGGACUUGGGCAGAACUCUUGGGCCACAUAGCUCCGACAAGUCUCCUGAAACUCCUCAGAAGUCCUCAACAGUGUACUCUCAACCCGAUAAUACUUUUUCCCCGCCGACUUCUGGUCCACCUGGUGACCCAGAGGAAUCUGACGAUGAUAAGUUCUACGAGACAACCGAUCCAGGGCACCGGAUGUCCUAUGAUGCUGACGAUAGUCACAAGUACUCGUUCGACGACACAGACGCUUCUGUGGCUCAUCGUCACAGUUGCAAUCAAGAUGCAAACGUUCAGCCUCAGGACAUUGAGCCAGAUCAUGAGGAUCCCGAUCAAUUUGCAUCCGAUUACGUUCCAGAAAUUGUGCCAUUGGAGGAGCAUACAAAUGUGCCAGAGAACGAGAUGGUAUCCAGCUCUCCGGUAAGUAAAGCUCUUCCAGAAGCUGAAACUGCGGAGGUUCCCGAUUUGAACGAAGUUCUCGUAGCAGAACAUAUACCGAUUUCCCCUGAAGAGGAGGAACAGAUCAACAGAAUGAAGUCUGUCUACAAAGUUUAUUUCUCAAGAGAGAACUCUCUGAAGUCGAAAAAGUCAAACCACAUGUUUUUCGAAGACCAAGACAUGCCACCUUUGCCGCAGCUGCCGCAAAACGAGGAGCAAGAUUCAUCACAUCAGCCGGAAUAUGCAAGCGAGCCAAGCCAGGAAAAUGACGUCUCCGCACAACAACAGGGCGAAGAGACGGAUUUCGAAUACGCUAAUGGUAAUGGCAGACCGGAGCUGACAUUGGACACUUCUAUAAACGAUCAUCGUGCAAGUUACGCGUCAUCUGUCUACUUGGACAACGGAGCCGUCCCAGUGCAACAGCAAGGCCACCCAUUCUAUCCUCACCAGCAUAUCCAGAACAUUCUGAACCAGCAACAGUCGCAGGCGCAUUACUACCGGCAGAUGGCUGCACAACAGAGAAAACCCCAGCACUAUCCAGUCAAACAGAAGCUGGAAAACCUUCCAUCGCCCCACGAACUAAACAACCGAAACUCUACUUUGGAGACCUUCACACAGUUCGAAAAGCAACGCAAAUACACCGGCAAGAAGGGCCAGUCUCCAGCGGUGAUGCAGCAGAACUUCAGUCCUAUUGAAAACACGCAAUGGGGGCCAAGCCAGACGAAUUCGUCGCAGCCUUCGCCUCACCAGAUCAGAGACUCAAUUGCAAUGUUCAACCCUGUGGACAUCAACUACAAAAAGACUUACAAGCCUAGCGGAACGCUAGCCGAACAGGUCCGUAAGGUUUCUCCUGGUGCGAGGUCGUUCUCUCCAACGUCUUCCAGAUUUGCAUACGACGACCAGACGAUGCCGCGGCCAAUGACCCGAGCGGGUUCUGAGACCCUUGUUCCGAAAUCUGGCUCUCAAGCCGAUCUUAGAAAAUAUGUAGACAAUGCCAACCUAUAG